UAAGCGAGUAAAUUUCUCACACAUACGGCUUGAGAAUAAAUUUUUCAAUUGAACAAAUCUAUAUUUCCUCCUCCGACACGACAACCUCGAAAUCGCCAAACCACCACGAUGUCUGCCACGUAAGAAUACUCCCAAACUCCUCCGAAGAGUCGAUCGAUUGUGUUGGAUUCGGAUAUGGUCGCGUUCCUCUCGAAAGCUGGAACCUGAAAUGGUUUCCAGCUCGAACUGUCUCAAGCUGCUCCCUCGUUGAUUCAGGUCUUUUGACUUGAGCUUCGAGAGACGUAGUAUGGGGUCUUGAGGUUGAAGAUGAAAAUUUUCUCCUUUAAAUCAAUUGUCACACAUGAAUGGAAAUACAAUGGUACCUUUCAAGACCACGAAAACAUUCAAUAAUGUUGUGCAUAUAUCCUAGGCUUCUGCCAAGGUUUUGUCGGAUGAGAAUAUUUGUCAAUUGAGAUCUGCAAUUCUACCUUCGUAGGAAGAGGGAUUGUGGAUGUCGAUUCAGCUUUCACCGAUUAAAGUCAUUACAGUCGAGUCUGCCUUUUGUGAGAAUGCUGCGCUAUAGCUGCAAUUCCUUCUCGGCGCUCUUCUCCAUACAUAUGUAUGCGGGAUACAAGACUAAUAUUUGAUACAGAACCACCCCAACCGCUCAGCAGGUCCUCAUCCCUGAGACGCUUUUGAAAAAGCGCAAGAGUCAAGCCAAAGAGAGAGAGGCACGAGCUGCUGAGACCGAGAAGGUCAAGAAGGUACGUCGUGAACCCAUCCCACUUCCACCUUCAAUGGCAUGUGUUACUUUACAUGAUGCAUAAACAACCAUACUUGUGGCUAGACUUCACGUCAAUGUUGUCCAAAAUUAAUCAUCUUUCGGGUCUGACAAAAGUUUCAACACAUGCCAUUGGUAUUCACAUUUAUAUAUGAUCGCGAGACUAAUCUUUCUCGCCAUAUAGGCCAACAAGGAGAAGCGUGGUGUCAUCUUCAAGCGUGCUGAGAAGUACGUGAAGGAGUACCGUGAUGAGGAGCGGGAGAAGAUCCGUCUUGCUCGUGUCGCCAAGCAAUCCGGUUCUUUCUACAUCCCAGCUGAGCCCAAGUUGGUUUUCGUUAUCCGUAUCAAGGGUAUCAACAAGAUCGCACCCAAGCCUCGCAAGAUCCUCCAGCUCCUCCGUCUUCUCCAAAUCAACAACGGUGUCUUCGUUCGCAUGACCAAGGCUACCCUCGAGAUGCUCAAGGUUGUUGAGCCAUGGAUCGCUUAUGGUUACCCUAACCUCAAGACCGUCCGAGAGCUCGUCUACAAGCGUGGUUACGGGAAGGUUGACAAGCAACGCAUUGCUCUUACCGACAACUCCAUCAUCGAGGCCAACCUCGGCAAAUACGGUAUUGUCUGCAUGGAAGAUUUGAUCCACGAGAUCUUUACCGUCGGCCCCAACUUCAAGCAAGCCGCCAACUUCCUCUGGCCAUUCAAGCUUAGCAACCCAACUGGUGGUUUCCGUCCAAGAAAGUUCAACCACUACGUUCUUGGUGGUGACCUUGGUAACCGUGAGGAGAAGAUUAACGCUUUGGUCAGGCAAAUGAACUAAAGCUUGGUUGAUGGGGCUGGGUGUAUUUACUUUGGCUUAGCGUUUACUGGCAUGUAUGGCGUAUAAGAACCCAAACAAAUGACACACUUCUACGAAAUAAUUGAUACCAUUUUUGAUUUUACUGCG